AACUCAGAGAAUCACUCAGAAGACUGGACACAAUUCCGCAGAGACGCCCAGAGAGACCAAUGUCAUCUCUACCCGUGCCAUACAAACUUCCUGUGUCCUUGUCUAUUGGUUCCUGUGUGAUUAUCAAAGGGAGACCGAACCUCUCUUUUCUCAAUGACCCAGAGCUGCAGGUGGAUUUCUACACUAGGACGGAUGAGGACUCAGAUAUUGCCUUCCAUUUCCGAGUGCACUUUGGCCAUCGUGUGGUCAUGAACAGUCGUGAGUUUGGGGUAUGGAAGUUGGAAGAGAAAUUACACUAUGUGCCCUUUGAGGAUGGCGAACCAUUUGACCUGCGCAUCUACGUGCGUCACAGUGAGUACGAGGUAAAGGUAAAUGGGCAAUACAUUUACGGCUUUGCCCAUCGACACCCACCAUCACAUGUGAAGAUGAUUCAAGUGUGGAGAGAUGUCUCCCUGACCUCAGUGUGUGUCUACAAUUGAGGGAGGUGA